AUGGCAAAAACACACAAGGCAGUCGUCACCGUCGGCCCGCGCAAACCUCUACGCGUCAUUGAAGUUGAAACACCUCUGCCCAAAGGCAACGAGCUACUCGUUCGUGUCGACUGGACAGCAUCCACACCUCUGGACUUGCAUCAGGCCGAUGGCGGUUUGCUGGUGAAACCACCUCAAAUCCUUGGUGACGGGUGUGCAGGACCAGUGGUAGCCGUCGGGCCCGCAGUGAACAAAUUCGCGAUUGGCGACAGAGUAUUCGGCUUUACGUGGCGUUCAUCUGCAGAGAAGGCGCACCAGGAAUUUGUGCUCGCACCCGAGAACCUGUUCGGCAGGAUUCCAGACGGCUUCGAAGAGCAGGAUGUUGUGACCGUUCCAAACAACUUCGUCACCGCUUUCCAGUGCUCCGUCAACGAUCUAGGCUUGGAACUGCCUUGGCCGAAGCCCGAAGGGUUCACGCCCAGGGCGGCCGAUAAGUCCAUCCUGAUCUGGGGUGGAAGCUCCAGCGUGGGCCAGUACGCCAUCCAACUUCUGAGCUACUACGGUUACCGAAAGAUUAUAGCUACGGCUAGCGCAAAACAUCACAAGUUCCUCAGGAGCUUGGGUGCUGUAGACCUUGUUGACUACAGAGACGAAAAUGUGGUUGACCGCGUCCGCGACCUUGCCGGUGGACAGGUGGCCUUCGUGAUGGACUGCAUCGGCAGCUUGGAGGGUAGCGUGCGGCCGAUAUCUAAAAUAGCAGAAAGUGGAACCAUUGUCGCGAUCAUGUUGCCAGUUAUUCUCAAGGAUGCCACAGAAACGCAAGCCCCGGAGUAUGAAAUGGAUGUGUCCAAGGUUCUAGAUUGGGGUGCUGGCGUUGACGCAAAGGGAGUAAGGACGCAUUUCUACUUACAGAACCAAUUCCUGGCAGAGCAUCUGCAAACGGACAUAAUGCCUGCUAUGUUAGCGAACGGUGCAAUCAAGCCUAACCGGACGCUCAUCGUCGAGGGUUCUACGCUACUUGAGAGGGCCGAGAAUGCUCUGGACUUAUUGAGGCGAAAAGUUCCGAGUGCAGAAAGACUUGUAUGGAGAGUGUCGGAAUGA